UUCUCCACAAUGAUCCUUACAGUCGUUGAGAGCGUGCAACAGGCUGGCGAGGGAACACAGUUCACCACUGUGAACGGACUUAUUCGGACUGGCAUUGCUACCAUUAUGGUCCUCGAAUACUCCGCCUUCCUCGAGCAUGACAAUAAACUGGAGUUCAUCAAGUCUGCUGUAAACUAUUACAUGAAAUCUCCUAUGGCUGUCACUGUGGAGAAAGUCGUGACGGAAAUUAGUGAUCGGGGCUUCAAGAAAGUGCCUGAGGAGCACACGAAAGAGCCUCAGAAGUGGAAGAAGAUUUUCAAGUGGACUCGGAAACUCAUGCCGAAAACUCAAGUCGCGCCGGAAACUCAAGUCGCACCGGAAACUCAAGUCGCGCUGGAAACUCAAGUCUUGACGGAAAUUCAAGUCGCGACGGAAAUUACUGUUCGAGGCUACGAGAAAGAGGAGUUGAAGGAGAAGAUCCUCGAGUUCAUCCUUCAAAAUCGCAUGUGUACGUCCCUCGCUUCUUUGAACCUGGAACUCGAAGUUUACCAGCAGUGCAGCAAAGGACUUGAUCGCAAACCUGAAGAAGUAGACCGUGACAAUCGGGCCAAGUUUCCUGCUUUCGAUGCUUCUGUUGUGUACGAUAUCGAGCACACCUUCAACUGCUGAGAGGUGUAGACUGCUUUUUUUUGCUUUCAGAGUUUCGAUGCUCCUUCCCAUGCUAUCAUGAUGUAAUACUAUACCGACACUUCAGCUUCAACUGCUGAGCAUUGCAGACUGUGUGGGGUUUCAACACCCUUUUCUCGAAUCGCAUUCUAUCGUGUUUUGUUUUGUACAAUGUAGACUCGCGCUCGUCAAGUGAUCACGGUUCAUUCUUCCUUUUAGGAGCGACAAGACUAAACUUGAGCAUAGGUUGAGUAUUCUUCGACGCUAAAUCGGACCGGCAUGACGA